AUGGACAGAAGCAAUGAUACGCCAAUUUCUCCGGUGACGGCGUCGAAAGGAGGGCCACAGCUGACGUUAUCCGCUGCAUCUAUCAAUAAUGAACCCAUUGAACUCGACAGUACAGAGGUGUCUCUAGAGAUCGGCAGGAGGCGGUCAGAGGCUGUCGCGCUGGAAGCGCUUCAUGCGAAGCACGGGUUGAAUCCUGAAGAGCGCAAGCGAGUGUCCGAAUUACGUGCAGAGCUGGGUAACAAGCGCAAGUCCGAUCCAGCUGUUAUGGGUAACAUACCUGAAGACCCUUCAUCGACGGAGUUUGAGCGCACUACGGCUGCUGAGGAUGACCAGCGGAAGGCUCCCUCAGGCUCGGAAAAGGCGUAG